UAAGCAUAUCAAUUUGUGUGGAUACUACUUAAUAUUGCGUGCACUGUAGAAUUGAUUAACUAUUCGUUGUUUGGAUGCCGUAUUUCGUGGUGUUAUAGAUGUUUGCAGCUGUUAUUGAUAUAUUACGUGUCUAAGGACCCUAUUGCUUACCCUCGUUCAGUUUCCAAUUAAAUGUAUUAACCGAUGGUGUUGUAUUUCAUAUUAUUGCAAAUAAUUAUAAACACAGGGUACUUUAAAUUAUUUUCUUUUGAAAUGAAUGUUUUGUAUGGAUUUAUCUCAAUUAAAUGUUAAUAAACAUAGAGGAUAAUUGGUGUAGAUCAUGGUAAUAAAGAGAUGUUCUUGAACUCCCUGAAAAAAAAUGUACCUAUAGUUAAAAUGGUAAAUAUUUAGAGUCGCGGUAUAUGCGGAAAAAAAAUGCUAAAAAUCCGAAAAUACUUUUAUUCUAUGCUCUUUCACUUCCUCUUUUCAAAUCAACCGGCGGAGAUAAGAAAUUCCAAAUACUUUAGGAGAUAUUGAAUUUUUUAAUUUUCAUCACAAUACCUGUGUAUUCAUGCGGCGCUCACAAUUGUUUCUUGUUUACGAGUAUCUAUUAUGUUUCUUAUUGGACAAUUUUGUCACAUGACAGUUCCGUGAUUGGCCAGUAUUCAAAUGAACCAAUACGUGAUUAUUUAUUUAUUUAUUCCUGUUCCAUCGGAGGUAUCGCGACGUAGGUGAACGAUUACAUCAUUUCCUUCUAAUAGCAAAGGAAAUGUACCCGCCUCCAACUUAGGUAAUGGAUUGGUGGAGUAAAGAUGUUUUCGGCAAUGAGUGCUGGAGUAGAAGCCUCGACACAUCAGGCAUAGCUGUCAACCCAACUAUAAAACAAGAAAGUGAUGAACAGGUGGAAGAUAAUUACAACUAUGACUUCGAAAGCAGUGUUGAGAAAGACUGCAGCCAUGAAGAUGACAGUGAUGACGUAGAUGUCUAUAGUCGUGAAAAAACAAGUGUUGAGUGUGUCAAUGUUCUCAGAUCUGAUGUCGCCAUGACUUCUUGUGAUAAUACGUUUCCUAGCACUAAAGCGGAGGUAGCUGAGGAACAUAUAAAAGAGGAAUAUGAGGACGUAUUCAUUAGUGAAGAUCAAAUUGUGUGUGGAUUAUCAGAAGAAAGUAACAUCUUUCUAGCAGUCCAAGAAGAGAGAAGUGACACCAUCAAAACUGACUGUGUGACAAAUUUGGAUACAUCAAAAAGUUCCUCUAUUUGCCCAGGAUCUAAUGCAUAUGUACAAUUAAGAAGUUACUUGGAUUCAAAAAUGUCCAACCAGUACAGUAAUCAAACAAGAAUAAUUUAUGAAGAUUGUUAUCCAAAUGAAGAAAGUAAUAACAUUCAAAACCAUUGCCCAACUAAAAAUAUAAGUUCCUUUAAUUUUACAUGUUCUGCUAAAAGGGGUUUGACUAAUCAAGCUGUUUUAAAGCAUUUUGAGUGUUACAUAUGUAAAGCUCGUUUUCAUAAUAUUGUCACCUUGAAACAACAUAUUAUUACCCAUAGGACUGAAGAAGGGACAUUUAAUUUUGAACCUGAAAAGUUUUCUAGUAUUCUAAGAGAACACACAUACGUUCAUGACACUGGGAAACCAUUUUCCUGUUCAGUAUGUGGUGUAAAAUUGUCUCACAAAGGUUCCUUGGUUGAACACAUGCGCAUACACACGGGUGAAAAACCAUUUUCAUGUUCUGCAUGCAGUGCAAAAUUUUCCAAAAAACGUACUUUGAUUAAUCACGUACGCAUACACACGGGUGAGAAACCAUUUUCGUGUUCAAUAUGCAGUGAAAAAUUUACUCGGAAAAAUUCCUUGAAUGCACACAUACGCAGACACACGGGUGAGAAACCAUUUUCAUGUUCAGUAUGCAGUGAAACAUUUUCUAAGAAAUAUUCCUUGGUUGAACACAUACGCAUACAUACAGGUGAGAAACCAUUUUCCUGUUCAAUAUGUGGUGAAGAAUUUUCUCACAAACGUCACUUUAGUUCACAUUUGGGUAAACACACAAAUGAUAAAUCAUUUUUCUGUUCAGUAUGCAAUGUAAAUUAUUCUUCGAAACAUUCUUUGGAUAGACACAUAUUAACACACACAGGAGAAAAACCAUUUUCAUGUUCAGUAUGCAGUGCAAAAUUUUCUCAGAAAGGUUCCUUGGUUGAUCAUACACGCAUACAUACGGGUGAGAAACCAUUUUCAUGUUCAGUUUGCCGUGAAAAAUUUUCUAAGAAAUAUUCCUUGUUUGAACACAUGCGCAUACACACGGGUGAGAAACCAUUUUCAUGUUCAGUAUGCAGUGCAAAAUUUUCUCAUAAAAGUUAUAUAAAUUCACAUAUGCGUACACACACGGGUGAGAAACCAUUUUCAUGUUCAGAAUGUGGUGCAAAAUUUUCUUUUAAAACUUCUUUAAUUUCUCAUAUACGUGUACACACAGGAGAGAGACCAUUUUCAUGUUCAGUAUGCAGUGCAAAAUUUUCUCAGAAAAGUAGCUUGGUUAAUCACACUUUCAAACAUACAGGUGAGAGACCAUUUUCAUGUUCACUAUGUAAUGCAAAGUAUUCUUAUAAAAGUUCUUUAAUUAUUCAUAUGCAUACACACAGGGUAAUUGGGAAGGUGGCAAGGGGGGCUGGAAUACCAUAGGUCCGGAUAUUAAGGUGUCCUGGGAAACAGAGAGACCUGAUCACGUUUGAAGACUUACAACGCGUCAGUUUAACCUGAUAUUAUGAAUAAAUUUACAUGUCUGUAAAACUUAAAUAAUGGUAUAUGCACAAUUCACAUUUACAGUCAUGACCACAGUAGCUUUAUGCAAGCAAAAUCCCCUGGUUAAAAGUUAUGAAUAAAAGAAAAUAAAUAAAUAAAAUUACUUAUAAAACCUUAUUUAAUAAAGUUCAUUUGGCAAAAUAUGGCAAAAUGACAUUAAAAUACUAAUAACUAAGUUAUUGGCCGUAGGGGAACCUACACCGCAAACACAAAUAUAUAAGAGCAGACUUGAAAUUCGUUGCUACUUACUAUUUUAUUUUAUUUAAAAAUCCAUUCACAUAAAAUGUAGUGUGCUAAAAUUUUCAGGAAAUAAUCAAUAAAAAAAAACAUAAAUCAGGUGCUCAUUAGCUGAAACAAAAUCAUAUAUAAUUAAAGGCUAACACAGAUCAGAAGAAUUUUUAGAAUAUUGGUUUUGUGAUAUCUAGGAAAUAAUGCAAAUGAAAAUUUAAAAAAAAAUGUGGUGCCAAUAAAUUAGUUAGGAUUCCUCGUUGUUCUCAAGAUUUGAAGUCGUCAUUGUGUAGAUUUGUUUGGACUCCAACAUGAAAUGUCAAAUUGGCUACCAGAUUUGACAGAUAAGAUAUCUCCAAAAAUCAUUAAAGACAUCAUUGAAGUUUAUAACUUUAAGAUUGAGGUUCAAGUUUGACAUUGAUUACAUAAUAUCUAUGACACUGAUCAAUAAAAAUUUCAUUCAAAAAACACAUUAAAAAAGUCUUGAAAAAAAUAAAAGUGAUUCUAAUUUUUUUGGAAACAGGUUUUGAAGUGUUUACUCCUGUUUUCUCAGGGAAUGUACCUGCUGUUAUUCAGAGGAACUGCCAAAUAAUAUGGGGAUUCAAACAAUGGCAAAUUUUAGGAUUUAUUGAACUUGAGACCCUUGUUAUUGUGACAGUGUCUGUCAGUUCAAAUGUUGGUUGCCAAAAUCUGUGAUGCUGCACUUUGUUGGCCAAAAAUCUGUGUGUAAGAUUGGUGAAUUUAUGUAUUACACUAUGGAGUAGUAUUAGAAUUAUGUUUGUCUUUAACCAUGUAUAUUAUAUGGAUGAAAAUUAAAAAUUCUUAUGAUGUC